AUGUCCGGUGUAGAUCCACAAAUGUUAGAUGAAAUGGUCGAUUUUUACAAUCAAAAAAUGAUGAACGGACAGUCUAACGGCAGAUCGACUAUUGCUACUGAUCCAUCUCAUAACACACCAUUAUCAACAUUUACAAUGAACACAGGUUUUGAGUCAAUGGAUCGUACACCACCGCAACUUACGAGAAAUAAUUUUAAUAAUCAAUUGUCAACAGAGGCAGCAACUCUACCGUACAAUAUUCAUUCUAAUAAUGAUAAUGCGUACAUAAAUGCACUAUUCGAUGAUCCAUUUCGUUAUCAUUUGAACGACACAGUGUUAUCCGGUGGUUCAGCUCGUCAACAGUUUUCAAUGUCAGCUGAUUUUCAACACGAUCAAACUCGUACUGAAAGAGUACAUAAACCCGAUACACUUCGUUUCCCUGAUAAUACAAAUUUCAGUGAAUUAGAAAAUAAUGAAGAACAUUCAAUGCGUUAUCCCGACGUUAAACCCUAUUUGGAAGUGGUUAGUGGAAAAAAUUUCAAUCUUCCCAAUGCUGACAUGGUGAUUAAACAAUCGGAACAAGUCAACCAUCUAAUAAAGCAAGGUAAAUUGAAAAAUUUAUAUGGAUACAUUAAUUAUCCGUACAAUUAUAUUGAACCACCGUGGCAUUUUGAUAAUAACGAUGAACAAUCUGGCAUGGUGAAUCAUAAUCCUCCACCAGCGGCUAUAAAUAUAAACGAUUUAGAGUAUACAGAUACAGACAUGUCCUUUGCUGAUACAUUACCACCAUCAGUCCCACACACUAUGGUUCAUUCUGAACGACAUGAAUGGGCACCAUUACCGAAACUGUUGUAUGAUCAUUUUGUACCAUUAGUUCCAACUAGACGUCUAGUAUUUCGUCGUGAUAUGAAUGCACGAGAUUUUGCAUUUGCUACAGAGAAACCGCGACUAUAUUCAAACUCAUCGGAAUAUCCGAACUACAAUACUGAACCAUCAACAGAAAUUCCUUCAAGCUUAGGAAAUAUUCUACAUGAUAUCGAUGCAAGUGCCAAUCAAUUACCAGAAGUUGAAGAAAUGACAUAUCGAUGUUAG